GAGCUGGUGAGUCGGAAGAUGAGUCUAGUGUGGAAAUUGUGCAUCACCAUGAGGCUCGUUAUUCUUGAUAACUACGACCUGGCUAGUGAAUGGGCUGCCAAAUAUAUCUGUAACCGUAUCAUUCAGUUUAAACCUGGACAAGACAGAUAUUUUACACUGGGUUUACCAACAGGGAGUACACCUUUAGGAUGUUAUAAAAAGCUAAUAGAAUAUCACAAGAAUGGAGACCUUUCUUUUAAAUAUGUAAAGACCUUUAACAUGGAUGAAUAUGUAGGUCUUCCCAGAAACCAUCCUGAGAGCUACCAUUCUUACAUGUGGAAUAACUUUUUUAAGCAUAUUGAUAUAGAUCCUAAUAAUGCUCAUAUCCUUGAUGGGAAUGCUACAGAUUUACAAGCAGAAUGUGAUGAAUUUGAAAAGAAAAUAAAAGAAGCUGGAGGAAUUGAUCUUUUUGUUGGAGGAAUUGGUCCAGAUGGUCAUAUUGCUUUCAAUGAGCCAGGAUCCAGUUUAGUAUCAAGGACAAGAUUAAAGACUCUGGCAAUGGACACCAUUUUGGCAAACGCUAAAUAUUUUGACGGUGACUUAUCGAAAGUGCCAACUAUGGCUCUAACAGUUGGUGUGGGGACUGUGAUGGAUGCCAGAGAAGUAAUGAUCCUCAUUACAGGAGCACACAAAGCAUUUGCUCUGUACAAAGCAAUAGAAGAAGGAGUCAAUCACAUGUGGACUGUUUCAGCCUUCCAACAGCAUCCCCGAACUAUUUUUGUGUGUGAUGAAGAUGCUACUUUAGAAUUAAGAGUUAAAACUGUGAAAUACUUUAAAGGUUUAAUGCAUGUGCACAAUAAACUUGUGGAUCCACUACACAGUAUGAAAGAAGGAAACUGAAGGAGAUUGACGCCAAAUUCUGCUUGAAUGAACAGGACACUUUCAUUAGAUGAAUUCUCAGCUAUGCAAUAUGAUAAAAUGGGAUUUUUUAAGAUUGUCAUAUUGAAGUCCAGUACCUAUGUGUUAAACAUUCCAUAUUUAGAAUGUCCAUUUUAUACUAUGGUUUAGAAGUAGUAAUUAGCUCUCCAUUGAUUAGUUUAUUAUCAUGAUGAAGUACUGACGCCUGGGCCACCCUUUGCAACAGCACAGAGAUGAAAUAUCCGCCUAUUUAAAAAUUUUAAGUCAUUUUAAAGGUAACAGUUUUGUACAAGUACCAUUAAUUAUUUCCAUGGCAUUCUUAGAUUUUUAUUUUUUAAUCACAUGAAGUCACUCCCUGAGCCUUUCAGGUAUCAAACAACUAUCAUAGCAAGUCUUUACUUUGGGACAUUAUGCUUUAUAUUACACACAGCUUUCUGCACGUGGUUGCCUUAGUUUAUUGUCCUGUAGUAGCAUUUGGACAUCAAAUGUCCUGCUUCAUAUCAUUGGUACAGAAAACUAGGAGUUGACAGUGCCUAAAAGUACAGUUUACGUCUUUUUGGAAAGUAUGUAUAAGUGCAUGUUUUUGGUGCACCUUCUUCUACAGCACUUUUUUACAAAUGUGCUUAUUUUUAUUUAAUGACUUGGGUUCCUGCUCUUAAUAUAAAUAUUUUGGCAAUUAUGAGCUUUAUACCUAGCAACAUACUUAAGAAAAUUCUUUUGAAGAAAAUUUUCCAAUUGUUAAAUUUCAUAAUGAUUAGAUUUAUUCCCUAUAUAUAAAUGUGUCUAAAAGGAUAAAAUGAUUUAGUUUAUAUAAAAUUCCUGUAAACUAUUUUAAAUUGCUAUAACUUGCAUCAUUAAAUUGCAAAUACGUUUAUUGCUUAUCUUUAACUCAAAUAAAGCUUAUGAAUAAACAAAUGUUAUCUAAAAUUUAUUUCCAGAAAAGAACAUAUGCAUCCAAGAGAUUCCACCCAACAAUUAGUAGCUGAGCCUUCUUUUUGUCUGUUGCAAUCAUACAAUUAGUUUCUAGCUAAAAGAUUUUUUCUGCCUAGAAUUCCUUAGUCAUGCUCCAUGAGGAGUGAAAAAUAUUCCCUUUUCUUCUGCAUAUUUGGCAUUUUAUAAACCUACCUGACCUGAGUUGUGACAACCUCAAAUGUUUGAUAAAUAAUAUAAUCUCAAUUUUACUACGAGAGUAGACAGGGUAAGUAAAUUUUGCCAGAAUCACCUUGUUAAGUGGUAGAACAAAAAUUUGAAACCAGGCAAUAUGGCUUUAGAAUUCAAGCUCUUUGGCCUCCCUCAUGGCUCAGGGGUUAAAGUCUCAGUGCUGUCAAGCUAUCACCAGCCACUGAAGCAUGAGUUCAAUACAGGUCAGGGAGCUAACCCACAUGGCCCAGCAGGCCUCUCCUGCCUCACUGGCUGCUCCCCUCAGCAGUGAAUUUCAGUACAUCUGCCGUUUCUGCUCCCCACUCUCUCUGGUGAAUCUUCUCAUCCCCCACACCUCUGGCCUACAUCCCAGUUCUUGUACUAAUAAAUAAAUAAAUAUUUAAAAAGAAAAUGGAAUUCAAGCUCUUACCCACCUAUUACGCCCUUCAAAGGUAAACAGGUUAUUUAUACCUGAAAUCUCUGGAAGUACCAAGCAAAUGCUGUAAUUUUUAUUCCUUUGUCAACAUAAUAUAAACU